AUGGAUUACCUGCUUGGGACUGUAGUGCUGCUGUGCUUUACGGUGCAGAUGGGAAGAGGAGUUGAGCCCAAGCACAAUGUUCCCAGACUAAAGCUGUCAUUUAAGGAAAUGUUAGACUCCAGUAACCUCAUCACCUUUAAUGGCUUGGCAAAUAGUUCGAGCUAUGACACUUUCUUAUUGGAUGAAGAGCGAGGGAGACUGCUGGUCGGGGCCGAGGACUAUAUCUUCUCAUUUGACCUAGUCAACAUAAACAGAGACCUGAAACAGAUUGCAUGGCCUGCCACCCCCUCCAAGAGGGAUGAAUGCAAGUGGGCAGGGAAGGAUUCAGCAAAGGAGUGUUCUAAUUUCAUUCGGGUCCUUCAACCAUACAAUCAGACCCAUUUGUACAUCUGUGGUACAGGAGCCUUCCACCCCAUCUGUGCUUACCUGGAAAUGGGCAAAAGAGCAGAGGACAACAUAUUCCGACUGGCUUCACAGUUUGAGAAUGGCCGAGGGAAAAGCCCCUACGACCCUAAAAUGCUUUCAGCGUCACUCCUGCUCGAUGGAGAGCUGUACUCUGGAACAUCUGCUGAUUUCAUGGGAAGGGACUUUGCCAUUUUCCGUACCCUCGGAGAUCAUCAUCCAAUCAGAACGGAGCAGCACGAUUCAAGAUGGCUGAAUGACCCCAGAUUUAUUGGAGUACACUUAAUCCCAGAAAGUGACAACCCUGAGGACGACAAGAUCUUCCUAUUUUUUAAAGAGAAUGCAAUGGAUGGAGAACAUACUGGGAAGGCUACUAUUGCCAGGAUAGGACAACUGUGUAAGAAUGAUAUGGGAGGUCACAGGAGCCUUGUAAACAAGUGGACUACAUUUCUGAAGGCUCGGCUUAUCUGUUCAGUUCCUGGGGUCAAUGGGAUCGAUACACACUUUGACGAACUGCAGGAUGUAUUUCUCAUGAGCUCCAAGGAUCCAAAGAAUCCAGUUAUCUACGCUGUAUUCACCACUUCCAGCAACAUAUUUAAAGGCUCGGCAGUGUGUAUGUACAGCAUGGCUGAUAUCAGGAGGGUUUUCCUUGGUCCCUAUGCCCACAGAGAUGGGCCCAAUUACCAAUGGGUGCCUUUCCAAGGGAGGGUGCCCUACCCCCGCCCUGGCACUUGCCCCAGCAAAACAUUUGGAGGUUUUGACUCCACCAAGGACCUUCCCGACGACGUCAUCACCUUUGCCAGGGUACAUCCUGCCAUGUACAACCCAGUGCACCCAAUUGGGGGGCGGCCCAUCAUGGUUCGAACAGAUGUGGAAUACCAGUUCUCCCAGCUGGUGGUGGACAGAGUUGAAGCAGAGGACGGACAAUACGAUGUCAUGUUCAUAGGCACAGAUAUGGGAACAGUGCUAAAAGUGGUUACAAUUCCCAGAGAGAGCUGGUAUGACCUGGAGGAGGUUGUUCUCGAGGAAAUGACUGUUUUUAGGGAGCCUACUCCCAUUACUGCCAUGGAGCUUUCCACCAAACAGCAACAGCUGUACCUUGGCUCAGCCCUAGGAGUAUCACAGAUGUCUUUACACCGCUGCGAGGUGUAUGGGAAAGCUUGUGCCGAGUGCUGCCUGGCCAGAGACCCUUACUGUGCCUGGGAUGGUGCUGAGUGCUCCAGAUACUUUCCUACCGCCAAGAGGAGAACCAGGCGACAGGACAUAAGAAAUGGAGAUCCACUCUCACAAUGCUCAGACCUUCAGCAUCAUGAUGACAUGGACGGCUUGGGAGGAAGCAUAGAGGACAGGAGUGUGUUUGGUGUGGAGAACAGCAGCAUGUUUCUGGAGUGCAGCCCCAAGUCCCAAAGAGCACUGAUUUACUGGCAGCUGCAAAAGCCAAAUGAUGAUCGCAAGCAGGAGAUUAAGAUGGAUGAUCGGGUGCUGCGUACAGACCAGGGUCUGUUGAUCCGCAGCCUGUCUCAGUCUGACACGGGAAUCUAUCACUGCCAGGCGGUGGAACACGGCUUCAUUCAGCCGCUGCUGCGUCUCAGUCUGCAGGUCAUUCCUACUCAGAGACUGGGGGACAUUCUGCCUGGGCUUCCUGGUGUAGGAGGCAGUUCAGGUAAUUCAGCCAAGCACAGGGUGUGGUACAGAGAUUUCCUGUCUCUCCUAGACCACCCGGAGCUGAACAGCGUGGAAGAAUUUUGCGAUCGAGUUUGGAAAAAGGAGCGCAAACAGAAAAAGGUGAAAGCUCCCAACAGCAAAUCUGACAGUUCUUCAAACUCUGCAUUACGGCCCAUUGCGGCAGCCCCCACUGCUCAGAAGCAACAAGCCAGUCCGCCACACAGCAGGCCGUGGCUUCACACUGGAGAGCCAGUGAUUGAGGCGCCAAGUCGAGGCCAAAAUACCCAGAGAGGCCAAACAAAUCUGGGAACUGCCAAUAAAAACAGCCAGAAGACGCAAAACGGAGGAAAGGUACAGGGAGGCCGCAAUGGUUCACAGGUCGCCGGGGGCGCUCGGGUGAGCAGCCAGCAUGCGGCAAAGUGGAGGCGGAUGCAGGAAAACAAGAAGGGACGCAACAGGAGGACCCAUGAGCUUCAGAGACCCCCACGUAGUGUUUGAGAAAAGGAGCCAAGACGCAGACAUCCAAGCAGAUCUACACACAUCCAAGCACAAAGCCAUGCAUCUGCAUCAGCACAUACUCUAGGUUGUGAAUCCAGAACAAAAGAAAAAAAAAAAACAUCAGCACAUUUCGAACGAUGAAAUAAAUGAACUG